AUGGGGCACAAACCUUGGCAGGCCGGGCGAUGGUGGCUCGCCCAGGCACACGCGCACAGCAAACGGAGCUUGUCUUGGCUCGCGGGCGAGUCGCGAGAGAGCAGCCGCUGGAAUCGGCGGCAGCGGGAGAGAGGGAGGGAGGCGGCUUCCUCCUCUCCGCGCCCCCGGGAUGCCGCCGCGCAAGGAGCCGCGUCCCGCGGAACCUCCCGCGGGCGGCUCCGCCCAGUAGCGGCCCCUCCCCGGUCCUGGCGCCAGGGCGCAGCCAAUGGGCACGGCCGGGGCGGAGCCGGCGUGGGCGGCCGGGGCAGGCGAGGCCGGGCGGAUGGAACGCCUGAGAAAGUAACUUCCUUGGGGAAAGACUGGCACAAGUUCUGCUUGAAAUGUGAGCGCUGCAGUAAGACACUGACGCCUGGUGGACAUGCUGAGCAUGAUGGGAAACCCUACUGCCACAAGCCUUGUUACGCAACAUUGUUUGGACCAAAAGGUGUAAAUAUUGGAGGGGCAGGAUCAUACAUCUAUGAUAAACCUCAGAAUGAAGGACCACUGGUGUCGGGUCCCAUUGAGCACGUCUCCAAGGCAGAAGAAAAGAAGGUGAAUUCUGCCCCCAAGCCGCCCAGCAGAGCCUCCAGCAUCACCACCUUCACUGGAGAGCCAAACAUCUGCCCACGCUGCUCUAAGAAAGUUUAUUUUGCUGAGAAGGUGACUUCAUUGGGCAAGGACUGGCACCGCCCCUGCUUACGGUGCGAGCGCUGCGGGAAGACUCUGACACCCGGAGGCCAUGCUGAGCAUGAUGGACAGCCUUAUUGCCACAAACCUUGCUAUGGGAUUCUCUUUGGACCAAAGGGUGAGUAUAAU